CGUUCUACCUUACUUCUACCGUUUUUUUAUUUUACUUUAUCGCUUUCGAUCUUCUUUCCGCGGGACUCGUCGACCCCUCUAUUUCUCGCGAUCUGAUGUCGCGGUGUCGUCAAGUCUGCUCUUGAUGAAUCUGUUUGCGGUCGGAUCCUGAAGCUGUCCACGACGCGGAUGAGGGAUAGUAAGGCCGACGCCGUAUCCCCUUGCUGCCCGUCAUGGCGCAGCAGCAGCAGCUGGCUCUCGAGACCCUCGAUGCCAUCACGAGGGAUCUGAAAUCGAGGGCGGGAGACGAAGUCCGGAAACGAGCUGCUCUCCAGCUGAGGGAGCUAGUAGAUGUUUGUCAGAGAGAUUUCCCACCCGAGCAGUUUCACAUAUUCUACAAUUCCGUAAAUAAUAAGAUCACUACGUUGAUGCUCCAUGGCAACGAUUCUUCCGAGCGGCUGGGCGGUGUCUAUGCCCUCGACGCCCUCGUCGAUGUCGAGGGUGUCGAUGUUACCGCCAAAUAUACCCGAUUCACCGCGAAUCUGAAGGCGAUCCUGAGAGGGAAGGAUAUCGUUCCUAUGCAACCCGCUGCCGUCGCUCUCGGCAAGCUGUGCCAGCCCGGAGGGUCGCUGAUAUCGGAGCUGGUCGAAUCCGAGGUCAAGACCGCUCUCGAGUGGCUUCAGUCGGACAGGGUGGAGGAGAAGAGAUAUAGCGCCGUCCUGGUCCUCCGCGAGCUCGCCCGGAACGCGCCUACGCUGAUGUACGCUUACGUCGGCCUCGUCUUCGACCUCGUGUGGGUCGGUCUCCGCGAUCCGCGCCAGCUUAUCCGCGCGACCUCCGCCGAGACCGUCAGCGCCUGUUUCAUGAUCAUCCGCGAGCGAGAUCAGGAGAUGAAGCAGGCGUGGAUGACCAAGAUGUAUAACGAGGCCCAGGCCGGUCUCAGGACGGGCACCGUCGAGUACGUCCACGCGUCGUUGCUGGUGCUCAAGGAGCUCCUCGAACAAGGCGGCAUGUACAUGCAGGAUCAUUACCAGAACGCCUGCGAGAUAGUCUUCACCCACAAGGAUCAUCGCGACGUGACGAUUCGCAAGACCGUCGUCCUGCUGAUCCCCGACCUGGCGAACUACAACCCGACCGAGUUCGCGCACACCUACCUCCACCGCUUCAUGGUCUACCUCUCCGGCAUGCUCAAGAAGGACAAGGAGCGCAACGACGCUUUCUUCGCCAUCGGAAACGUCGCCAACGCCGUCAAGAGCGCUAUCGCGCCGUACCUCGACAGCGUUCUCAUCUACGUCCGGGAAGGCCUCAGCCUCCAGUCUCGGAAGCGGGGCUCCGUCGACCCGGUCUUCGACUGCAUCAGCAGGCUUGCGGUCGCGGUCGGCCAGACGCUCAGCAAAUACAUGGAAGCCCUGCUGGAUCCCAUCUUCGCGUGCGAGCUCACUCCCAAGCUGACUCAGGCCUUGGUCGACAUGGCUUUCUACAUACCGCCGGUGAAGGCCACCAUCCAGGAGAGGCUCCUCGACAUGCUCAGCAAGGUCCUCUGCGGAGAGCCCUUCAAGCCCCUCGGAGCUCCCACCCCGAACACGCUCUCGGCCGUCCCCAUCAUACCGAGGGACGCCAAGGACCCGCAGGCGUACGAGCACCGGAAAGCCGAGGUGAAGCUGGCGCUGAACACGUUGGGGAGCUUCGACUUCUCAGGCCACAUACUGAACGAGUUCGUCCGCGACGUCGCCAUCAAGUACGUGGAAGACGACGACCCCGAGAUCCGCGAGGCGGCGGCCCUCACGUGCUGCCAGCUCUACGUGCGAGAUCCCAUCGUGAACCAGACGAGCUACCACGCGUUGCAGGUCGUCGGCGACGUCAUCGAGAAAUUGCUAACCGUAGGCGUGUCCGACCCGGAACCGACCAUACGACAGACGGUCCUCGCGGCUCUCGACGAGCGCUUCGACCCUCACCUCGCCAAGGCGGAGAACAUCCGGACCCUCUUCUUCGCGCUCAACGACGAGGUGUUUGACAUAAGGGAAGUAUCGAUUUCUAUCAUAGGUCGUCUAGCGCGGUACAACCCGGCCUACGUCAUCCCCUCGCUCCGGAAGACUUUGAUACAGAUGCUUACUGAGCUUGAGUUCUCCGACGCCCCGCGCAACAAGGAGGAGAGCGCCAGGCUCCUCAGCCACCUCGUUCAGAACGCCGGGCUCUUGGUCAAGCCGUACGUCGAGCCGAUGAUCUCGGUGCUCCUGCCGAAGGCCGACGAUUCCAAUCACGCCGUCGCGGCCACCGUCCUCAAGGCGAUCGGCGAGCUCGCGACGGUCGGCGGCGAGGAUAUGCUCCCGUACAAGGACAAGCUCAUGCCGAUCAUCAUCAGGGCGUUGAAGGACCACGCGUCCAGCCUCAAGCGCGAGGCCGCCUUGCACACGCUGGGCCAGCUCGCCAGCAACUCCGGAUACGUCAUAGACCCUUACCUCGAAUACCCCGAACUCCUCGACCUCCUCCAGCACAUCAUCCGCGCCGAGCCCCAGCGCGGUGCCCUGCGGCAGGAGACGAUCAAGCUGAUGGGAAUAUUAGGAGCGCUAGAUCCCUACAGGCAUCAGCAAGUCGAAGAGCGCGCCCCUGACGCCAAGCGGCGCGUCGAGACGAACCGGAUGACCGAUAUAUCGCUGAUGAUGACAGGACUCACUCCCUCGAACAAGGAGUACUACCCUACCGUAGUGAUCAACGCCCUCCUGAACAUACUGAAGGACCAUUCCCUCGCGCCGCACCACGCCGCGGUGAUCGAGGCCAUCAUGAACAUCUUCCGCACGCUGGGUCUGGAGUGCGUCUCGUUCCUGGACCGCAUCAUACCGGCCUUCUUGGACGUGAUUAAGGAUUGCCCCACGAGCCGCCUCGAGUCGUACUUCAACCAGCUGGCCACGCUGGUGAGCAUCGUUCGCCAGCAUAUCAGGAACUACCUGCCGCAGAUCAUCGAGUCGCUCCCCCCGUACUGGGAGAUGGCCCCGUCUCUCCAAGCCACGAUCUUGUCCCUGAUCGAGGCCAUCUCGAGGUCGCUGGAAGGGGAGUUCAAGAUCUACUUGGCGAGCCUGCUGCCCGCCAUGCUCGGGGUCUUGGAGAAGGACGCGACUACCAAGCGGAUUCCCUCCGAGAAGGUCCUCCACGCCUUCCUGGUCUUCGGCUCUAGCAGCGAGGAGUACAUGCACCUCAUCAUCCCCGUGAUCGUGCGGACGUUUGAGAAGCAGGGCCAGCCCACGUUCCUGCGGAAGUCGGCUAUCGAGACCGUCGGCAAGAUUUCCCGCCAGGUCAACCUCAACGACUACGCCGCCAAGAUCAUCCACCCCUUGACCAGGAUCCUCGCCAGCGGAGAGUCGUCCUUGCGGAUGGCGGCGCUGGACACCCUCUGCGCCCUGAUUCAGCAGCUCGGCAGGGACUACCUGCACUUCAUGGGCACCGUCACCAAGGUUCUCCAGGCCGGCCAGAUCCAGCAUCAGAACUACGAGCUCCUGGUUAGCAAGCUGCAGAAGGGCGAGGCCCUGCCGCAGGACCUGAGCUCGGAGACGCGCUUCGUCGACCAGCUGGACGAGCCGUCGUUCGCCGACCUCGGCAACAAGAAGCUGGAGAUGAACGCGAUCCACCUGAAGGCGGCCUGGGAUACCAAGGGGAAGUCCACCAAGGAGGACUGGCAGGAGUGGCUUCGGCGGUUCAGCACCACCCUCCUGACCGAGUCGCCCAACCACGCCCUCCGCGCGUGCGCCAUCCUCGGCAGCGUGCAUCUGCCGCUGGCCCGCGAGCUGUUCAACUCCGCUUUCGUCUCGUGCUGGAGCGAGCUCUACGAGCAGUUCCAGGACGAGCUCAUCCAGAACAUCGAAAACGCCAUCCGCUCCGAGAACGUGCCGCCGGACCUGCUCGGACUCCUGUUGAACCUCGCCGAGUUUAUGGAGCACGACGACAAGGCCUUGCCUAUCGAUAUUAGGGUCCUCGGCAGGGAGGCCGGCCGUUGCCACGCGUACGCGAAAGCUCUCCACUAUAAGGAGUUGGAGUUCCUGCAGGACCAGAGCGGGCCGGCCGUCGAAGCCUUGAUCGUCAUAAACAACCAGCUCCAGCAGUACGACGCCGCCAUCGGCAUCCUCCGCAAGGCGCAGCUCUACAAAGACGGCAUCCAGCUACGAGAGACGUGGUUCGAGAAGUUGGAGCGGUGGGAGGAAGCGUUGGCGUUCUACAACAAGAGGGAGUCGGAGAUGCCGCGAGACCAGGCGAUCCCUCUGGAUAUCGUCAUGGGCAAGAUGCGCUGCCUGCACGCCCUCGGCGAGUGGGAUGCCCUGGCGAGCUUGACGAGCAAUACUUGGGCCAAUUCGGCGCCGGAGAUCCAGCGGCGUAUCGCGCCGCUCGCGACCGCGGCCGCGUGGGGUCUGGGCAAGUGGGAUUCCAUGGACAACUAUCUGCAAUCCAUGAAGCGGAACUCUCCGGACCGUUCGUUCUUCGGCGCGAUACUGGCGCUCCAUCGCAACCACUUCCAGGAAGCUGCCCAGUGCAUCCAAGCCACGCGGGAAGGUCUCGAUACCGAACUUAGCGCCCUCGUGAGCGAGUCCUACAAUCGCGCGUACCAGGUCAUCGUCCGGGUGCAGAUGCUUGCGGAGCUCGAGGAGAUCAUCGUUUACAAGCAGGCCAAGGACCCGAAGAGGGCAACGAUGCGCCGCACGUGGGAGAGUCGUCUGAAAGGGUGCCAGAGGAACGUCGAGGUAUGGCAGCGUAUGCUGAGGCUGCGCGGCCUCGUCAUCACCCCGGCCGAGAACAUGCACAUGUGGAUCAAGUUCGCGAACUUGUGUCGGAAGUCGGGGAGGAUGGGCCUGGCCGAGAAGUCCCUCAAGCAGCUCAUCGGCACCGAUCAUCCCCUCGAUACGAUAAUCCCGUAUUGGAGCGAGAGCGGCCCGCCCCAGCAAGGCCCGGCGACGAGGAUCCCGCCUCAAGUAGUAUACGCGGUGCUUAAAUUUUACUGGGAAUACGGGCAGCAGCCUAACUUGCGUCAGACCGGCCACCCCGAGAAGACGCUCUUCUGCCUCCGAAAAUUCACCGCCGACUCCGCGCAGGCCCUCGAGAUGGCCCGAGCCUCGAUCCAGACCGCGCCCAGCGGCCCGGACCCGACGGGCGACUACGGCUUCCACAGCGGGAUGGACGCGGGUGUGCCCAGUUCCAGAACUCAGAAGCUGAUCCAGGAUCAGACCGUGCUCCUCGCGAAAUGCUUCCUCAAGCAGGGGGAGUGGCAGGUAUCUUUGAACAAGCAUGAUUGGCAGCACCGCAACGUCCAGGACAUCUUGACUUCUUACUCGAAGGCCACCCACUACAACCCCAGAUGGUACAAGGCCUGGCACGCGUGGGCUUUGGCCAACUUCGAGAUCGUCCAAGCCCUCAUUCCCGCCGCCGACAGGAACGCCCCGAGACCGGAUCCGUCCGUCAUCGUCAAUCACGUCGUCCCCGCCGUCCAGGGCUUUUUCAAGUCCAUCGCGUUGUCGUCGGGAAGCUCCCUCCAAGAUACGCUACGCCUCCUCACUUUGUGGUUCGCCCACGGCGGCAGCAGCGAAGUCAACGCGGCGGUCACUCAGGGCUUCGGAACCGUCAGCGUCGACACGUGGCUGGAGGUGAUCCCUCAGCUCAUCGCGCGCAUCAAUCAGCCUAACACGCGAGUGCGGCAGUCUAUCCACAACCUGCUCGCCGACGUCGGGCGAAAUCAUCCGCAGGCCUUGGUUUACCCGCUGACCGUGGCGAUGAAGUCUGCUCAGAGCUCCAGGAGGUCGAAGUCGGCCGCGCUGAUCAUGGAUAGCAUGCGCGCGCACAGCGCUAAGCUCGUCGAGCAGGCCGACACCGUGAGCAACGAGCUCAUCCGGGUCGCCGUGCUGUGGCACGAGCUUUGGCACGAGGGACUCGAGGAAGCUUCUCGAUUAUACUUCGGCGACCAUAACAUCGAAGGUAUGUUCGCCACUCUCGGACCCUUGCAUGAGCUGCUCGAGCGGGGCCCGGAGACGCUGCGCGAGAUCAGCUUCGCGCAGACGUUCGGCAGGGACCUCACGGAAGCGCGAGAAUGGUGCCGGCAAUACGAGACCAGCCACGACGUCAACGAUCUUAACCAAGCCUGGGACCUCUACUACCAGGUAUUCCGACGAAUAGGAAGACAGCUUCCGCAGAUGUCGUCGCUGGAACUCGCGUAUUGUUCCCCGAAGUUGUUGGCCGCCAAGGACCUCGACCUAGCCGUGCCCGGAACGUACCGGAGCGGUGCCCCCAUCGUCCGCAUCAUCUCGUUCGACUCGACCUUCAGCGUGAUCAACUCCAAGCAGAGGCCUAGGAAGUUGAACACGAACGGGAGCGACGGCAAUUCGUACGCCUUCCUGCUAAAGGGACACGAGGACAUCCGACAAGACGAACGCGUCAUGCAGCUGUUUGGCCUCUGCAAUACCCUCCUCGCCAACGACUCCGAGUGCUACAAACGCCACCUCGGUAUCCAGCGAUAUCCGGCGAUACCGCUCAGUCAAAACUCCGGUCUCCUCGGCUGGGUGCCCAAUAGCGAUACCCUGCACGUGCUGAUCCGCGAAUACCGCGAGAGCCGCAAGAUCCUCCUCAAUAUAGAGCAUCGCAUCAUGCUGCAGAUGGCGCCGGAUUACGACAACCUCACGCUCAUGCAGAAGGUUGAGGUGUUCGGUUAUGCGCUGGACAACACGACCGGUCAAGACCUGUACCGCGUCUUGUGGCUGAAGAGCAAGAGCUCCGAGGCCUGGCUCGAGAGGCGUACGAACUACACGCGCAGCUUGGGAGUUAUGAGCAUGGUGGGUUAUAUCCUCGGCCUAGGGGACAGGCAUCCUAGCAACUUGAUGCUCGACCGUAUCACCGGCAAGAUUAUCCACAUCGACUUUGGCGACUGCUUCGAGGUGGCCAUGAAGCGAGACAAAUAUCCGGAGAGGGUUCCUUUCCGUCUCACUAGGAUGCUGACGUAUGCUAUGGAAGUCAGCAACAUCGAAGGUAGCUUCCGAAUCACGUGUGAGCAUGUCAUGCGCGUGCUACGUGAAAAUAAAGAAAGUGUGAUGGCGGUUCUUGAGGCCUUCAUUCACGAUCCUCUGCUAACCUGGCGCCUGACGAACGCUGCGUCUCCCGUUGGCCCCAAUUUCCGGUCCGAUAGGGAGUCUUCUCUCGGCGCCGGCGCGCAACGGGCUCGCAGGCCGAGCAUUCUGGACGCGGAGCACCCGCCUUCCGAGUUCCUCGCGGCACAGCAGGCCGUUGCAGGCGUCGACUCUGCGCAUCCCGGCGGCCCGCCCGGUUCUCGAGCCAGGGCGCGCACCAACUCGAGUCUAGUCAACGGUGCGGGUCAGGUGCUAGACGGCGAGAUGGCCGAGAUACAGAACGCGCGCGCCGUUGAGGUGCUAGACCGCGUAAACCAGAAGCUGACCGGCCGCGACUUCAAGCCGACCGACGAGCUUGACGUGGUGACUCAAGUGAAUAAGCUAAUCAUGGAAGCGACGAAGUUGGAGAACUUGUGUCAGCAUUAUAUCGGUUGGUGCUCGUUCUGGUGAAAUCGUUGCGUCGGUUCAGGCUAGGUAUAGCCGGUGGACGGUUCUAUGAAUGAAUUCGAGGAUGAAGAUCCGGUUCGGCGUUUAUGUGGAUUU